AUGCCGCCCCACAGCGAUGCGGGGCCAGUCGCCGGCCCCCCGGAUGGUGGCUGGGGCUGGGUGGUGGUCUUCGGGGCUUUCAUUUCUAUCGGCUUUGCAUACGCCUUCCCCAAAGGCAUAGCCAUCUUCUACAAAGAAAUCCAGGAUUUCUUUGGCACGUCCUAUAGCGAGAUCGCGUGGGUCUCCUCCAUCAUGCUGGCCACGACGUACGGCGCAGGUCCCAUUAGCAGCAUUUUAGUGAACCGCUAUGGCAGCCGACCUGUGGUUAUCCUCGGAGGCCUGCUGUGUGGCAUUGGGAUGGUCUCAGCUGCCUUCUGCACCAGCAUUGUGCAGCUCUACAUCUGCGUGGGCUUCAUUACAGGACUGGGACUCGCUCUCAACCUUCAGCCAUCAGUGAUAAUCAUAGGGAGAUACUUUUUGAAGAGAAGACCUAUCGCCAAUGGCCUUGCUAUGGCAGGGAGCCCUGUCAUGCUUUGCACCUUGGCUCCUCUCAACCAGUUCCUUUUUGACAAUUAUGGCUGGAGAGGCAGCUUUUUAAUUCUUGGGGCAAUUUUAUUACACUGCUGUGUUGCUGGAGCUCUCUUCAGACCCAUCAGUGCAGACAAAGUCUCAGUCAAAACCCAGUCGAUUGAGGAAGGGAAGGAGGUCCUGAAAGAAGAAGUCACUAAGGAUGCCAUAGAAAUGAACAGUCCCACUAACAUCCAUAUGGAGACCAAAACAGAAGAGGAGGAAGAAAGGGACUGUUGUGAAAAAGUCAAUAAGUACCUUGAUUUUUCCCUCUUUAAGCACAGAGGGUUCUUGAUUUACCUGAUUGGAAAUGUGCUCAUGUUCCUGGGCUUCUUUGCCCCCAUUGUUUUUCUGGCACCCUAUGCAAAGCACAUUGGCAUUGAUGAAUAUUCAGCUGCUUUCCUCCUUUCAAUUCUUGCUAUUGUGGAUAUGGUUGCCAGGCCGACCACUGGCAUCAUUGCAAACAGCAAGUGGGUGAGGCCACGGAUUCAAUACUUCUUCAGCUUCUCCAUUGCUUUCAAUGGCACUUGCCAUCUUCUGUGCCCACUGGCUUCUGGCUACACAGGGCUCGUCAUUUACUCUGUCUUUUUUGGCUUGGCCUUCGGCAUGGUUUGUGCCAUGCUUUUUGAAACCCUCAUGGACCUCGUGGGAGCUUCCCGCUUCACAAGCGCUGUUGGCUUGGUCACCAUAGCGGAGUGCUGCACAAUAUUGCUGGGACCACCCAUCGGAGGAACACUUAUCGAUACUUUUGGGGACUAUAAAUAUAUGUUCAUUAAAUGUGGGGCUGUGAUGGUCCUGGCAGGAACAUUCCUGUUCAUCAUGAACUACUAUAAUUACCGUAUGCUUGCCAAGGAAGAGAAGAAAAGAAAGGCAAAAGAAGAGGAUACUAAGCCUGUAAGGACAGAAAACGAAGGCAGAAAUAACUGGAACAAAGAACACGUACAGGAUGGACCUGAGUUGGAACCUCUGAGAGAGGAACAAGAAGGACUAAAGAAAGAAGCAAAUGGCACAAAUGAAGUUUAAACCUGUUCUCUUGUCUGGACAGGGAAUUACCUCCACGUUGCUUAUGUUGGCACUAGCUGUGAAAUCACAUCAGAUUUUCUAAAUUUUGCCCUGUACUUUGCCAUGUGUUUUCUUUGUCUUAAGAGAAGACUAGAACAGAAACAAAUUUAGUUUCUUA